AUGGCCGAAGCACAAGAUUUCAUGGGAGCAGUCCCCUUGCUGGACCUGGGCAAGAAGGUGAGCGUUCCUCAGGACCUCAUGGUGGAGGAGCUGUCCCUUCGUUCUAACAGGGGCUCCCUCCUGUUCCAAAAGAGACAGAAGAGAGUGCAGAGGUUCACCUUUGAGUACGCAGCCAAACAGACACAGAGCUCAGUCUCAGAGUACAGAGGAAGUGAUCUGGGAACCACACCAGCAGGACCACCAGAAGAGUUGGCUACUGCCAGUGGCCCAGAUGGGAAGGAGAACUACAGGACGGAGAUCCAAAUCUUCCCUACCCCACCUCUUGGGUCUGAGAGGAGCAGUCAAGAACCACCCCCAGGAAGGGCUCCUAGUCCCAGUGCCCUGGCCUCUGGCUAUUCUAAGCCCCUGACAGGCAUCCCACCAGAGAAGUUCAAUCACACAGCCAUCCCCAAGGGUUACCGGUCCCCAUGGCAAGAGUUCAUCGGCUACAAGGAUGGAUACAAAGACUAUUACAAGGACCACCUAAACCACACACCCAGGCCCUCAGACUACAGGAACUUCAACAAGACACCAGUGCCAUUUGGAGGACCCCUCAUCUCUGAGACAUUCCCCCAAACGGAUACACCCCUCAUCCCAAAAGAGCCCGUAAGUGGCCUGGAUCUCCUCAGCUACAGACCCAGUUUCAACCGAGUAGCCCAAGGCUGGGUACGGGCCCUUCUAGAGUCUGAGGAACUGUGACUUGAUAUUAAUUCCUGUAUUCCUACUGCUUUGCUUUAUUAGCCUGUUAGUAGGCACAGAGAUAGUGUACUAAUGCUGGUUACACAUGCCAGCAGU